GCAUAUCCCUUCCCGCGUUCACUUGAAUGCCAAGCCUAGCCCACAACUGAAUAUUAUACUGUUACGUUUCGGGGUCCGACGUAUAUUUCUCCAAGCUUUGACUAAUGCCUCUGAACAUCAUUAUCGUUGGCGAAACAGGGGCAGGCAAAAGUUCUAUUAUCAACCUUCUAGCAGACAGCGAUGUUGCCUCGGUGUCGUCCGAUGUCGACGCUUGCACGAAAGCUUUUGCAGAAUACAAGUUCACAGUCAAAUCCACCGAAAUCUGCGCGUAUGACACCAUGGGCUUCAGCUCAGCGCAUGUGGACAGUUUGAGCCGCCUUGUCCCCUAUGAAAAGGCGUGCAAUUUAAUCCAGUCGUUGAAAAAGAAAAUCAACCUCGUUUUCCUUUGCACGAACAAAGACAAGCUGAGCAUCCACCACUCAACAUGUAUACCAUCUAUUCAACGACUUCUUCUUCGAUGGCACGGUUCCAAUUGUACUGGUUGCGAACAUAUCGGGAGAAGGAGAGCGCGAUGGAUGGAUGGUGGGGUAGGAACUUGAAAGACAUCAACAAGUUCCGGUUGCGCUUCGCGGGGCACGCUUGUGUCACCGCCCUACGUUCGCGGGGGUCCGGUGCUGAUCUUCGAUAUCAACAAUCCAGGAACGCACUGAUUCAGCUUCUUGGGACUGCUACCCCUGAUAACAAAGUGGUCUUGGCUACGCCAGUAUACCCCCUCUUCAAUCGGCUCGCCGAUGCGACGGGAAUCUUGACUGAGACAUGUGGUCUGUCGUCCAAGGAAGCUGGACUACUGACUCGCAAAGUCAAUCCGCUCCUCCGGAUAGCAAACAUUGUACUCUUCGGGGAGACUGGCGUCGGGAAGACUUCCGUCAUCAAUCUCAUUGCUGGGCACGAGAUUGCUUCUGUGUCCUCCGGCGUGCGAGGCUGCACUCUGGACUCGAAAGAAUAUCGCCUUGCCGCAAACGAGUCUCAUCUUCGUAUCUUCGAUACUGUUGGUCUGAACAGCCCGACGGUAAACCAGGGUGUCGACCUCUUGUUAUUCUGUAUGCGUGGGGGAAGGCUGAACGAGGCCCAGCUGAAUAACUAUAGGCUUUUCCAGGAGUACCUGUGCGAGAAGAAGGUGCCGGUGGCCAUAGUCGUCACACACCUGGAGCAGGAGGCCAAUAUGGAGCAGUGGUGGGCGGACAAUGAGGAAGAUCUCAGGAAUUUCAAGAUUGAUUUUAUCGGGCAUGCAUGUGUCACUGCAAUCAACAAGAACACUCAUUUGUUCGAAGACAAGCUGGACGAGUCGCGUCAAACAGUACUGCGGUUGCUGAGGACACAUGUACACGAGCCUGGAACACCAUUCUUCAUGGAGACCGACAAGUGGCUGUCUGCAUUCCUGAAGAAGAUGGGAUAUCUUAUUCGUGGGGGUAACCUCCCUAAGAUGCGUGCUAUCAGGGAAAAGCUAGUUGAGGAGUGCAGAAUGUCUAAAGAGCGUGCCAACGCGAUCAUAGAGGAGUUGCAGCGUCGGGAGUGACGGGGCUCUUCGGCAUGACUACGUAUUGUCUUAGGUCUAACGGAACUGUAUACAAAUGCGAUUUGCGAAGUGUAUCGGAAGGAAAUAACCACACGUGUUCUCCGUCAAUUGAAUAGAGAUGCGGCGAUGGUGCUGCGUGAUAGGAAGGGCACAUGCUGGGCACACGUGUUGAGA